GACGCACACACCAGCGCACAAGUAUAAACAGCAGGCCACUUACGUAGGCUACGGCGAAAGCUCUGCGUGGAGCCUGCGCAGAACCAUAAAAAGGCUUUUAGUGUUUCUAUAGUAAAUCCUAUGUUGUGAUUUCACUGACAAAUUUUAAACUUGGUGCUGUCAAGUUAAGACCUGAGGGCCUGUGUCCAUACAGGGGUUUUCUUUGGCAGAAAAGUGCCCCCGCAAAUGCCCUUUUGUGUCUUUUGACGACACCAGCGCUUUUCUGAAAAGUUCAGAGAUUGUCAACUAGAAGCCCUCAGAGUGGCCGCUCACAGAACGGCGUAGCGCUCUGCCAAAAGACGCUGGGUGCAGCGCUUCUUCUCUAGGUGGUCGCAUGCAGCCACAUAGGCUCUCUUUUCAUUGGGAACAAUUGACAAAAGACGCUGGCGCCCAGAAACAAACGCUAUGUGGACACAGGCCCUCAGGUCUUGGAGGUAAAGCUAAAGUUAGCAUAUCUCACAUUCAAAGAUUCAUCCAUGUAUUUAAAACCUGCCUAAACCGGCAAAUGACGAAGCACAAUGACACUACAGCUGGAUGGUUGCAAAAAUGUUAGUACCCGCUUCGUUGCGAUGCACUGAGGUUGGCUAUGUGGCAUCAACAACAAACGCUAGUUACCUUAUUUGGCUAAAACUAGCUAUAACUGAAAAAUAUAAUUUAAACUCUCAAUCAUUGUUGACGUUUGAGUCUAAAGCUUUCUCCACCUCUCAAAUACAGCACUGAUGUUCACUUCUGUUACAGAUAAUAUGGAAUAUGUGGACCAGUUUAAAGUAGCAAAGGAGUGCCUGGCAUAAAUCGGCAAUAACGGCAAAGCCCCUCUGAUAUAUUAUGGUCAUUUUGUGCAAUUAUCACGGAUUGUACCGUUUUUUUAAAGCUUGAUAAAUCCUUUGCAAAGCAACAACAGAUGUUACAGUGAUGCUUACCAUCAUUCGUCUUUGUGAAAUGUGAAAAUGAGGCAGAUUGAUUGAAAAAGGAUUAGAGGGGAAACGAUGAUUUACUUAAGCAGCAAAUGUUUUGGGAACCAAGCCAAGUUUGACAUCGAGGUUCAUCCGUUUUGUAAAAAAAUUACCAUUUUUUUAAAGUGUCAAAGUAAGAUGACUAAAUCUAGAGAUGCCAUAACCUUUAUCCUCCAUGUCCUUUGAGUUCUGCAUCACCCAAAACAUUUGUAUACAGAACUCGAAUAGCCUUUUGUUGUAAAUGUUGUAUUAUGUCCUUUAAUGUAAAGUGUCGACAACAAUACUAAGGGUGGGGUAAUAAGGGUAUGAUCUGUGCUGUAUCUACAGUUUGAGCUUGGGUUCCAGAGAAUUUGGAUGAAUUUGGAUGGAUUUUGUGUUUUCCACUACACAAUUUACCUACAAAAUGUGCAUGCUCUAUGGUUGUCUUCAUCAUACAGUGUGAUAUGAAUAUUGGAGCUACCGUCUGUAUGAUCAUGUGUAAUAGAUGGCUCUGUAUAUAAAAUAUUGCUGUCAUUAUUUUUCCAUGAUGAAAUAAGUAUGUAUUACAUGGAGGUUUAUUUAUCACGUGCAAUGCAGAGGCACCAACAACAUGUUGCAGUUAACCAUUUUUCUUUCUUUCUGUUAAGCACUGUUACUAUUACUUGGCUAAAGCUGGAGUUUUAAGUGUAGUAUUUUACUUUCUUUGUAAUAAUAUAUGAAAACACGAUUCAUUGUCUGUGAAUAUCUUUGCUGUAAUAAAUGAUGGAUGUUAAUUUCCUCCAGAGCCCUGUCUAUGUGCAAUGCUGCCCCCGGCUGCUCCAUCCGCGGUAAACACCAGGAAGACGGUCCAGGGAUUUUAACUUGACAUCGUUGUAGAGAGGUACAGUUUUAAGUUGAACAAAAGUCCACCUGUCCUCCCAAAUAUCUUCCACAAACGGCAAUUAAUUUUGAUUACCCAAUCUGAACACUUUGUUGUCGUCUUCUACGGGAAGUAUUCCUUAAGAACCGAAGCAGUGGUGCUACUACUACUGGCAAUGGGCAUCACCAAACUGGCGGAUUUGAUCCGCCUAGAUGCUCCCGGUGCUAUUUCUCACAAGGAUAUCGGGGACUACACGGGAAAAGUAAUCGCACUGGAUACCUCCAUUGUUAUGAACCAGUUCCGUGCAGCGACUCCUUCCCUGAGCCCCCUGACAGGUCUCUUCUUCCGCACGCUCACCUUCCUGGAACAUGACAUAAAGCCAGUCUUUGUGUUUGACGGAAAGCCUCCCGGGGAAAAGAGAGCUGUCCUUGAGAAGAGAGCUGAGACAGCUGGUAUGAGGUCCCCCAAUCUCACAGGCACAGCAUCAUCCCAGACCAAAGAUUGUCUCGAGCUCCUGAAGCUUCUGGGUGUACCUGUCAUCCAGGCUCCAGGGGAUGCUGAGGCAAUGUGUGCCUGGCUGGUGAGAGAGGGGACUGUGGACGCUGUGGCAUCAGAGGACAUGGACACACUACCGUUUGGAGCCAAUAUUCUCAUUCGCCAGCUGAACGCCAAGAAGGACAGUGAUAUCAUUGAAUAUUCUUUACCCAAGCUGUUGCAGAAACUCCAAAUUAGUCACGAGGAGUUUGUUGACCUUUGUAUUUUGUUGGGCUGUGACUACUGUGACAAGAUAGCCGGUUUGGGUCCUAGGAGAGCUCUGACACUGAUCCAGAAGCACCGUACCAUUGAGAAUGUGGUUUUGCAUAUCAACAGACAGACCCAUCCUGUGCCACAUUUCUGGAAGUUUGAAGAAGCACGGAAGAUAUUCUUGGGUGCACCACAAACAGUGGCUCCUGAACUCACCUGGACUGAGCCAGAUGAAGAAGCCUUGGUUCGGCUCCUCUGUCACGUCAAACACGUGAGACAGGACAGGGUCCGUCAACGAAUGGAGAAGUUCCGUCAGAUGCGGGAAACUAAGCGGGAGGAGAGGGAAAAGGAGAGGGCAGCCGGACGUAGCAAGCAGACUCGCAUGGAGGACUUCUUUAGAGUUACCAGAAAGAGGGAGCAGACUGUGGAAGCUGCAGACUCUUCAAGCAGCAAAAGAAAGAGACCAAAGUCAAAAUAAGGCUGCCACCAUCUCCCGCUUGCUGCCUCCACCAUCAAAGCUGGAAGUAGUUUUCAACGCCUUUCCAAAUAUCUCAAACAAUCAUGAAAGGAAAAAAAAGACGGCAUCUUGCAAGACAUUGACUUCAAGUCUUUGUUUCUGCAUGGGAGAACUACCCCCCACUGACGAUACAAUAAUCUGAUCUUGCCUUAACAGCAGUGUUUGCAACAAUGCAGUUCUACCAGGAAAAG